AUGGCAGUCAGCCAGGAGAAGAGAAUUUUGCAGCGAGACAAGGAGCUGAAAGGGGUGAAGGAUGCCAAGAAAGAGGCAGAUCAGGCUCUCUCAAAGUUGCAGGAUGAGCGGGCAAGAGAGGCAGAGGCUUUGACUUGAGCCUGCAAGCAGAUUGACCUCAAGGCAGAAGAGGUGUCCCCUUUGAAUGCGGACAAGGAGCAUCUGCAGCGGGAGCUGUCUGCCAGCAAGGCCAGAGAAGAGCAGCUUGUGGCGGAUAAACAAGCCCAAGAGAGCCAUGUUGAACAGGUGCAUACCAAUGUGGAAGCGCUGCAAAAGGAGGUGAGCACAUUGCAGGGGGAAAAGGCAGAGGCGCAGCGCAAUCAAGAGGCUGCUGCAAGUCAAGUGCAGGACAAGGACCAGGAGAUUGCCAGGCCUCAGGAGUGA